AUGUCCUCCAUCCUGCCCUUCACCCCUCCCAUCGUCAAGCGGCUCCUGGGCUGGAAGAAAGGCGAGCAGAACGGGCAGGAGGAGAAAUGGUGCGAGAAGGCGGUGAAGAGCCUGGUGAAGAAGCUGAAGAAGACGGGGCAGCUGGACGAGCUGGAGAAGGCGAUCACCACGCAGAACAUCAACACCAAGUGCAUCACCAUCCCCAGAUCCCUGGAUGGCAGGCUCCAAGUAUCCCACAGGAAAGGCCUCCCCCAUGUGAUCUACUGCCGGCUGUGGCGCUGGCCAGACCUGCACAGCCACCAUGAGCUGCGGGCCAUGGAGAUGUGCGAGUACGCCUUCAACAUGAAGAAGGAUGAAGUCUGUGUCAACCCCUACCAUUACCAAAGAGUGGAAACCCCAGUGUUGCCCCCGGUGCUGGUGCCCCGGCACACGGAGAUUCCGGCUGAAUUCCCGCCGUUAGACGACUACAGCCACUCCAUCCCAGAGAACACUAACUUCCCAGCAGGUAUCGAGCCCCAGAGCAACUACAUUCCAGAAACCCCUCCUCCAGGAUAUUUGAGUGAGGAUGGAGAAACCAGUGACCACCAGAUGAAUCCCAGCAUGGAUGCAGGUUCUCCAAACUUAUCACCCAACCCCAUGUCUCCAGCACACAAUAAUCUGGACCUGCAGCCCGUCACCUACUGCGAGCCGGCCUUCUGGUGCUCCAUCUCCUACUACGAGCUCAACCAGAGGGUGGGAGAGACCUUCCACGCCUCCCAGCCCUCCAUGACCGUGGAUGGAUUCACCGACCCGUCGAAUUCCGAGCGUUUCUGCCUGGGUUUGCUCUCCAACGUGAACAGGAACGCCGCCGUGGAGCUCACGAGGCGACACAUCGGAAGAGGAGUCAGGCUCUACUACAUCGGCGGGGAGGUGUUUGCCGAGUGCCUCAGUGACAGUGCCAUCUUCGUGCAGUCCCCCAACUGCAACCAGCGCUACGGCUGGCACCCUGCCACUGUCUGCAAGAUCCCCCCAGGGUGCAACUUGAAGAUCUUCAACAACCAGGAAUUUGCUGCUCUGCUGGCUCAGUCAGUGAACCAGGGCUUCGAGGCCGUGUACCAGCUGACCAGGAUGUGCACCAUCAGGAUGAGCUUCGUCAAGGGCUGGGGAGCAGAGUACAGGAGGCAGACGGUGACCAGCACUCCCUGCUGGAUCGAGCUGCACCUCAACGGCCCCUUGCAGUGGCUGGACAAGGUCCUCACCCAGAUGGGCUCCCCCAGCAUCCGCUGCUCCAGUGUCUCCUAAGGAAACUCCUCCUGAGGGGAACAAAGACUGCGGAAAACCCUUAGCAAAAGGCAUAGUCAAACAAAUUCCCAGUUAUUCAAGUUGAUAAAGAAAAAAACCAAUCUGCUCUAAAAAAAAAAAAAAAAAGAAAAAAAAAGUGGGUUUUCUUCGUUUUGUUGGUUUUUUAAAUACCCUGUUUAAGCCACUUCCACUGAAACCGUCGGCACUUUGGUUGGGAUGCUCCCGUUGCGGUUGGAAUUUGGAGCUGGAGUUUAUCCUGAUAAAGGACUGGAGAGUGCUGUGCCUCCCCCUCUGUGUGAGCACACAGGAGCCACCACAGCUCCAAGGAAACUUUCCCUCUGCCUCACACAACUCCAGGGAUGACUCCUGCUCCUGCAUUCCCGUGUCAUCCACCUGAUCCACACCUGGAAUUGCAGCAGCAGGGGGGGAGAGGAAGCAUUUAAAGCACCCAAAGGAACAGAUUCCUCCAGUGAUGUUCCUAAAAGGAAGGAAUUUCCCACACUACCCCCGAGGAGGCAGAGCCUUGGGAUGCAGCUGAGGCCUCAUGGGUCAGACUGGAUUGAUGGGAAGCAAAAAGCCAAAUUUAAGGCUCUUCCUGAUGUUGCUGCAGCGACUUUUGACUGGAGCUGCUCCCAGAUGGACAGUGGUCUGUGGGGAGCUCUGGAGUGGUUAAACCUUUCUCUGUUUGCAUUAACUCCAUCAAGUUUGUGUUGUUCUCUCACUCUGUUGGAUGGUGUUGCCUCUCCUGAAGCCGGAGGGGCUCCGUGGGAUCAGUGUCCAGGUGGGACAGGGCUGGCAGUGCCCAGGCCCUCUGCCAUGAGCACAACACACCCCAGGGUGGGGCAUCCCCUGGGACAGCCUGGACAGCUCAGCCCAGCCCCUCUGCUGACAACUGAUUCCAGCUGAUGGAAAUGCUCCGAGAUGUGUUUUUGCCUGGAGAACUGGGGAGAGUGUGUAUUUACUUGUAUUAUAAAAUGUUCAUUUUAAACAUACAUGCUCCAGACUGUUUAAUAUUUUUCUUUUUCCCUGCAGCAACUGUCAUGGCAAACAACUUCCACAACUGGAAAAAAAAAACCCCUUAGCACUUGUUUUUAUGGUUCACAUUUGCCAAAUAAGUCUCCUGACUUUGUCAGUGCUGUCCAGUUCUGUGUCUCUUUGUACCUGCAGUGAAUAUCUUACACAUUUGUGCCAAAAUGUUCGAGGGGGAGGGGAGAAAGUGAGAAUCAGUUUCCUAUGGAAAUCUUUUCUUGUUUUUUUUUUAUUAUUAUUUUCUAUAUGGAAGACAAACCCAGCAGCUGGAUGUGGCUGUGGGAAGGACUGGCUGGGCUGGGCUGGGCUUUGGGCUGGUUUGUGUCGAGGCUUUAAUCCUGCAAGCUGAGCUCCCAGGUGUGAGCGCGGGCAGGGGUGGAGCACCCUGAUCCCGGGGGGAGCUGCUUGGAAUCAUAUCCCAGGAGUUUCCAUGGACCUGCUUUCCCAGUGUCCUUGUUCCUGGGAGGCCUCUGUGUCAACCUCAGGUCCUGGUUUGUCAAACUCCACCACUUUUGGCCUGAGGGUCCGAGACGCUCGGAGGGCACUGGGACAGCCCGGGGGUCGCUGCUGCUCCUGGAAAUGGGACCUUUUAGGGAGUUUUCUUCCAGAAACAAGAAAUUACCUUGGUUUUUUUUUAUGUCUGAAAUUGAAGUUCUGGGGAAGAUUCUCGGUGGUGGAUGUGCUCCUGAUGAUGCAGCACCUGGGAAAAUCCUCUUGCAGCGUCCUGACCGGAGCUUUCCCUGUGCAGCACAACCUGGACCAGCACUGGAGGCUUUCUGAGGUGUUUAUUUGGUUUAGUCUUUGCAGUGUGUCUGAUGUGACUGGGGCAGGAAGAGCAGCUGCAUAAAACAGGAUUUUCUAGCCACUUACACAGUGGGUUUGUGUCUCACUGUGGUUUGAUUCAGCGUUUAUGUUCAGGUACAGGUUUCUAACCUGGUUGCAAACAAAAAUUUAUCCUGCAUUUUGUGGAAAUGUUUGACUUUUGGCUGUUUAGGGAGAGAGGGGAAAAUGUCUGCUCUGUAAAAUGGCCCCAGGUUUCCUCUCUGAGUGUCUUAUUUGCUUAUUUUAGUGACAAAUUGUUGUUGUCCUCAGAAUCCUGGAGGAAGUUGGACUCUGGUGCCUUGUGCUUUAACAACAAAAAUGGCACCUGAAAUUCCAGAGUCGGGGAUUACAGGUGACAGCGUGUGCAGCAGCCCAGCCUGACCCAGAGGCCACAAGUGGGAAUAAAUCCCAGUUUUGAUAUGAAUUUUGCACACAGAGUCACCUCCUCAGCCAGCCUGCACUGCCAGCAGGAACCAGAUCUGUAUCUCCUUGCUAAGGGAUAAUUAAUUGCUGGCUGUUAUUAAUUGAGGCCUUUUGAAAAACCAGGAUGAUGCAUAAAAACUUUGGUUAAUCUCCCUUCAUCAUCCCUUAAGUAAAAUGACUUCCAGUGGAAAAUGUGAGCUGGGCCAGCAGUGCAGUGAGAUAAACCAGAGAUUAUCUCCACUAAAGUAUUAAUUUCCUGCCCUUUGUUUGCUUCUCACUAAUUCAUAAAAGCUUUGUGGGUGCCAGAGUUACCUUGGGAAGUGCAGUGGAGAGUCCUGAGCCCUGGGCAAAGGCAGGGAUAGGGCUGGAUGUGAUCCCAGGGAUAUUGUGGCUGCUCUGCCUUUGCUGUCAUGGUUCAGUGGCUGUGUGGAUAAAAUUGAAUUCCCAUUCCUGCAGACACCAAGGAGAGGGAGCAGGAACUGGGCUGGGAUUGCUGGGGGCAGUGGGGCCCUGAGGGCACAGGUGGCUUUGCUGGGGGUUGAUUUUUCCUGGAACUUUACUGGGAUGUGCCCAGCCCUGCCCUGGCUCAGAUUCCAGCUCCAGCCUGGAAUACCCUCUCCUUUCCUGGCAGUCUUGGCUAUUCCACCAGGAUUUCACACAUUUUUGUUACCGGCAGAGUCAGUGGCAGGAACUUUGACCCUUUCCUGGGUGUGGCCACACAGGGCCUGGUGCUGGAAGGUGCCACCGACAGCCUUCUGCCAUUCCAGGACUGGGCUGAUUUAUUUUUCCUGUUAAUGUAUGGAAUUGCAGUUUGCAUUUUGUGUUAAGCUUGUCUUAGAAGUAAUCCAGGGCUGUCCAUUUGAUUUAAUCUCCAGGAAUCAGUGUGCAUAUGUACAAAGAUGGAGAAAUCCAAUCAUAGCUCAUUUUCCCGGGGCUCUGCCUCCCCGUGCCAGGAAAAGGCUGAGUUACUUUGAGUUCCUCCCAGUUUCCUCUCCCCUCAUGGAUCAGUGGAGUUGAACCUGCCCAGGACUCCUUUGCAGGGUGAAGGAUUCAGGACUCAUCUCAAGCAGUGAGUGUUGGUGUCUGUGCCUUGUGCUGCUUCCUAACUGGAAAAGCACAGGGGAGAAGGACACGGUUCAGUGAAGGACUUCAGCCAUGUCACAGAACAUCAUCCAGGUUUUUCCUGGUUCUCUGAGGUACUGGAUGGGUGGGAGGAUGGAAUUUCCCAGAUAUGCUAAGCUAGGAUGAGGAACAGUCCCUCUGGAGUCCUGGAGGAGCUGUGUGGUCGAGCUCACUCUGUUUUGUACCAUGUACGUGCUUUUGUAUUUAUGUUUUCUUUCUUGAGUAUUCAGAUGAAUCAAAUAUUUAAUUUUUAACAGCAAGGGCAGUUAAGGACUCGGAGUAUUAACUAUUCCAUCUGUUCCUUCCUGAUGAUUGCUGGGAAUGAGGAGUGUGUGGAGUGAGGACAGAGCUGGGCACAGCCCCUGUGAGUGAAGCCCCGGCCCGCUGUGCUCCAGCCCCCCACUGUGCUCCCUCAGGGGCCUUUUCCUAAAGCUCUCCAGGCUUUAAAAGGACAAAACCUGUUACUCCAGAACUGGUUGGUUCAUCUUCUGCUCCCUCCAGCACUGGGGAGCCCACCCAGUGUCCCUGGGGGGUCACAUCCAGCUCAUUCCCGCCGGAGCUGCGCCCUGGGAUGGAUCCCUCCGAGCAUGUUUGUGUUAGUGUUAGAAUUCCUGCUGUACCUCCCUGCCACCUCCCGCUUUGCCCUGGCAUUACUCACUGUUUGUUACUCCAGGCCUGUCCCAUGUACUCCCUCCCCUUCCCAUGUUGCAACUGUAAGGUCUGUUUUUGACAUUUUAAUAAACUUUGAUUUGAAAAC